AGUACCAUCGUGUACUCCGCAAUCUCUGGAACCCUAGAUUCAAGCCCAAACCAACCUGUAUGGAGAAUUUGCCAAAACUGAUCUUUAUCACUGCUCUGAUCUUACCCCUACAUGCAAUAUUUCACCACUGAGUAACUUGCUUUAGUUGGGAAACCAUUUAUGAAUCUCAAAUUUGUGGGGAAUUGCUAAAACUGUUUGUUUAUGGCAUAUAUUUCUCUGUAGCCAUCGAACAUUCGUGAUUCCUUCGCUCGUUGCUCGACGUUUUUCAGGUACAGGCGAGUAAGGGCGUAGAAAGAAAAUAACAAACAGAGAGUGAUAGAGAAAGACAGGCGGAGACAGAGGGCGCCUUCUCGUCUCGUCAUCUUCGUCAUGUUUCAGCCCAACCACCAGUUCUUGAUUUCUCCGAGAGCAUUGAAUCCUGUGGAACGGAAUGACCCCUUUGUGAUAGCGGAGAGUGAAACACAGAAGGAAGAAUUUCGUAAGGUGGAGUUCGUUUUAACCUAUUCCAAGGAACUUCAGGAUGAUCUACAAAAUUUAGGGCUGAGAAUCAAACACCAUGAAGAGAAUAUUAAAUUUUUGAAGAACUACACAAAGAGCUUAGACAAAUCAAUUUUGGACAUCCAUGGUACUCUGGGGAAAUACCAUUCAAGUGAAGUUAAGAAUGAAAAUGAGAAUAGCAACCACUUUCAAACUGAGGACACAAUUGAACAGAUACUACGGCAUGAGAAAUCUGCAGCUGCCUUAUUAUACCUGCUGAAAACUCGUCAUGGGAGUCAGGCACCAAAUCUACCCUUUACAAAGGAUGUGUUGGGUACUGUAGCUACACUGGGCAGAGUAGAUAAUGAUAACCUUAGUAGAAUUCUGUCGGAGUAUUUAGGUUUGGAGACUAUGCUGGCAAUCGUAUGCAAGACAUAUGAAGGCGUUAAAGCUAUGGAGUUGUAUGACAGGGAAGGCAGGAUCAAUAACAGUACUGGUCUUCAUGGACUUGGAUCUUCAAUGGGAAGGCCCAUGGAUGGCCGAUUUCUAGUCAUUUGUCUUGAAGAUUUAAGGCCGUAUUCUGGUGAGUUUGUAGCUGAUGACCCGCAAAGGAAGAUUUCUCUUCUGAAGCCAAGAUUGCCAAAUGGGGAGUGUCCAACUGGAUUUCUUGGCUUUGCUGUGAAUAUGAUCAUUUUGGACAGUGCAAACUUAUCUCUUCUCACUGGUAGUGGGCAUGGCCUCAGGGAGACUCUAUUCUAUGGCCUUUUCUCACGGUUGCAAGUAUAUAGAACAAGAGCAGAAAUGCUACUUGCUAUCCCUUGCAUUAGUGACGGUGCUGUCUCUUUGGAUGGUGGAAUCAUUAGGAGCAAUGGUAUAUUUUACCUGGGAAGUAGGAAAGACAUAGAGGUGAGAUUCCCAAUAGGCUCUGGAACAACAAAUCUUCCUCUGGACUACAUACAAGCUGAGGAGAAGAUCAAGCAAAUGAAAUGGGAAAAAGAGAGACUUCUUGAAGAUAUGCAAAGAGAGCAGGCAUUGGUGAACCAUGUAAAGAGCAAAUAUGAUUCAAAAAAGCAAGAAUUCGUCAAGUUCAUAGCUCAAAGCUCACAUAGUCCAUUUCAGAAUCAAGUUCCAGUAGGACGAGAUAGAAGCAUCAUCCAUAGAUGAAAUUUUUAUUGAGCCACUAUGGCUGGAUAGGGAGCUUCAAGAUUUUUCCCCCUAAUCCAAUUACAGUCCAUGUAAUUGUUUUCUGAUUUAUGUGGAAGGAACGAUUAAUAGAAAGAUAAUCAAUGACUGGAGAGGGAAGCCCGUGUAUCUUGAUGUGAAACAACUGAAAUGUAUCCAUCCUUCAAUGGUUCAGUCCCUGGGACUUGCUUGUACAUGCAAGAAGAUGAAUUGCUUUAUGGUGGGAAAAACUAAAUGGAGUUGCAUUAUCCUUGCAUGCCUCUGAAA